AUUAAAGACUGAAACGACAACGUUUAAUCACCCGACACUAACUCAUCAUCCCAUCUGACGCAGACGAGGACAGAGAGAGUUAUCUUAAAGUCCAGUCUAAAAGAAGUAAAGAAAAAACACUAAUAACACCUUAAUCCUCGAUGUAGCCACUUUAAACCCACUUAAAAGUUAAAACACAUUAUUAGUAAAGAAAACUAACUGCUCUAAUUUACCAUUUUGUCCUCCCAAUAGCCGUAGCAGAAGUAACGGGAAAGAGAGAGAGAGAAUCUCAUCUUCAAUUAGAUCUCUCUUCUCUGUAAGUGCAUUAUUGUCUGUCAGUUCUUAUCUUGGUAGCCUGUCCUUAAUCACUUCAGUCUCUACUCUUUCUUUCUUUCUUUUAUUUCUUUUCUUUCUCUGCAGCUCUAACUCAAUUCUCCGAUCCCAAAGCAAGAAAAUCAAGAAAACCAAACAAUGCCGGGUCUUGUCUCGGUCAAGACACCCCCCGAUGCGCCGCCACUACGUAUCUCCGUUCCCGAGAUCCAACCUCAAACCCAAGCCCAAACUCCGCCCCAAGCCCGACCAGAAUCCUCAGUACUAAGGACGCCAACGCCCAACAAGAAACCACCAUCACCUUCGCCAUCCCGAUCCAAACCAUCUCCGACCCGCUCCGCUAAGAAACCCCCGCCCGAUUCACUGAACCCGCUUCUCUUAGCUGACGCUUCUCUUGACAACCCGGAUCUUGGCCCGUUUUUACUAAAGCUAGCACGUGACACAAUUGCAUCUGGUGAAGGACCAAGUAAAGCUUUAGACUAUGCAAUUAGAGCAUCAAAAUCUUUUGAAAGAUGUGCUGUUGAUGGAGAGCCAAGUUUGGAUCUUGUUAUGAGUUUACAUGUUUUAGCUGCUAUUUAUUGCAGUUUAGGUAGGUUUGAUGAAGCUGUACCUGCUCUUGAAAGGGCAAUUACAGUGCCGGAUUUGAGUAGAGGAAUGGAUCACGCACUUGCUGCGUUUUCUGGGUAUAUGCAGUUAGGUGAUACUUAUUCAAUGCUUGGUCAAGUUGAUAAAUCCAUCGGCUGUUAUGAGGAUGGGCUCAAAAUUCAGAUUGAUGCUUUGGGUGACACUGAUCCUAGAGUUGGAGAGACUUGCAGGUACUUAGCUGAGGCCCAUGUUCAAGCCAUGAACUUUGAUAAAGCACAAGAGUUGUGCAAGAAGACACUUGAAAUUCAUCGUGCGCAUAGUGAACCAGCAUCUAUUGAAGAGGCAGCUGAUCGUCGAUUAAUGGCCCUCAUAUGCGAGGCAAAAGGAGACUAUGAAUCAGCACUUGAGCACCUUGUUCUUGCCAGCAUGGCUAUGAUUGCAAAUGGACAGGACAAUGAGGUUGCGGCUAUUGAUGUCAGCAUUGGAAAUAUUUACAUGUCUCUCUGCCGCUUCGACGAGGCUGUCUUUUCUUACCAAAAGGCACUCACUGUCUUCAAGUCAUCAAAGGGUGACAACCACCCGUCUGUUGCCUCUGUCUUUGUACGGCUUGCUGAUCUAUAUAACAGGACUGGCAAGCUCAGAGAAUCAAAGUCUUAUUGUGAAAAUGCUCUGAGAAUAUAUGCUAAACCUGUGCCUGGAACCACAGCAGAAGAGAUUGCUGGUGGGUUGACUGAGAUUUCAGCCAUUUAUGAGUCUGCAGAUGAGCCAGAGGAGGCUUUGAAGCUAUUGCAGAAGGCAAUGAAAUUGUUAGAGGACAAACCUGGACAGCAGAGCACCAUUGCUGGAAUUGAAGCUCGAAUGGGAGUGAUGUUUUACAUGGUUGGGAGAUACGAAGAAGCAAGGAACUCAUUUGAGAGUGCUGUAACAAAACUUAGAGCUAGUGGCGAAAGGAAGUCGGCCUUCUUUGGUGUUGUGCUGAAUCAGAUGGGAUUGGCUUGUGUGCAGCUAUUCAAGAUAGAUGAGGCUGCUGAGUUGUUUGAAGAAGCGAGAGCAAUAUUGGAGCAGGAAUGUGGGCCUUGUAAUCAAGAUACCAUUGGAGUAUAUAGCAAUCUUGCAGCAACCUAUGAUGCUAUGGGGAGGGUUGAUGAUGCAAUUGAGAUACUGGAGUAUGUUCUUAAACUGAGAGAGGAAAAACUUGGGAUUGCAAAUCCUGAUUUUGUAGACGAAAAGAGUAGGCUAGCUGAGCUUCUUAAAGAAGCAGGCAGAGCUCGUAACAAAAAGGCAAAAUCGCUGGAAAGUCUCAUAGAUAACAACUCAAAGAGGACGAAGAAAGAGUCGACAAAAAGGUGGCCCGGCCUUGGUUUUAGAAUUUGAACAUGUAUUAAUCAUUCAUAUUUAUCCACACUUGCACAUUCUGUAACAUAGAAGAUCAUGUAUAGUGUCUGUUGUAAUUUGGUGGGUUUUCUAUUCUCUCUCUAUUUCUUGAGCUCUGAAAUCUGUUUAUGUUUGCCGAAUUUAAUUGUUUUUAUUGAUUGCCUGUGUUGUGACUUGAAGCUGUUCAUUGGAAACAAUACUGUUCAUUUGAGCAAAUAAAUUCUGAAGAUAUUCUUAUGUUUUAA